AUGAAUAAAUUUGCAUUAGUCUUGCUCCUUGUUGUCUUUGCAAACACUUCAGAAUUGAAUAAUUAGAUUUCUUUUGGAAGGGGUAUUCUUUUAACUAAAAAAAAUAGAGUUAAAUUUCUAAGAAGCAAUACAUCUUAGUGCAAAUAGGUUCACUUGUGAAAUGGAACCUAAAUUUUAUGAUUUUAUUAUUUUGGAACUUUCUAAAUGGUCAGACAUCAUUGAUCGAAAACCAUAAUUAAUAAAGGAUUUAACAAUUAUAGAGUAAAUUAUUAAGUUAGUUGAUAAAUCUAAGCGUAUAGAUAGUGCAUAAUAAGGUAUAGAUAUGUAGGUUAAACUUAAAUAGAUAUGUUUAUUUAAAUCACUCAAAGUGUGUCAGCUUCAAUUCGAGAAAUGUCUAUGCUGGAAAUUAAAAAUCAAUGGGCUUAAUUUAAUGUUGACGACGUAUUAUAAUAGAUAAAAUAAUUAUCUUCAAAAACAGGUACUUAAGAAAAAAGUUUAAUGGCUGAAAAAAUAGUAUCUUAAUUAUUAAUGAUGGAAAAACAAAUUAAUAUAUAUUUAAAUGAAUGCUAAGGUUAUGAAAGCAGUUCUGAAUUAUAAGAAAAAAUAACAGAACUUAUAAAUAAGAAAAACAAAUGUGGCUGGUCAUACAAUAGUUAAUAUUAGGGUUCAACUCGAUUACCACCAGGAAAAUCAGACUAGCCAGAAUCAUCUGAUCCAAAAUAUGAUACCUAAUCAGUACAUUAAUAAACAGCUAAUCAUAAUCAACCAUAUUAAUCAAAUCCAAAUUAUGAAGGUGGUUCAAAAGAAUCAAAAUAAUAAUCUACUCGAUUACCACCAGGAAGAUCAGAUUAACAAGAAUCAUCAGAUCCAAAAUAUGAUACCUAAUCAGUUCAUUAACAAACAGCUAAUCAUGAUAAACCAUAUUAAUCAAAUCCAAAUUAUGUUUCUGAUCAUUAAGCAGUUCAUUAAUAAUCUACAAGAUUACCGCCUGGUAAAUAUGAUCAAUCUGAAUCAUCUAAUCCAAUUCAUGAUAAAUAAACUUCUCAUUAAUAAACAGCAAAUUAAGAUUAACCAUAUUUAGCUAAUCCAAGCUAUAAGGAUGUUCCAAAAGUAGAUGGAUUAUCUGGUUCAAUUGAUAGUUAAAAUAUGCAUACUGGAAAUUAUGAUGAACCAUUUCAUGGAAAUCCAAAUUAUAAAUAAAAUUAAAAUGAAAGAAGAGUUGAAAGUUAAGGUUUUGGAUCAGGUUCCUCAAAUAUUUAUGACGAAGAUGGAUGUCCAUAAGGUGAGGAAGAUGAUACUCCAAUAAAUUAUGAAGAAGAGGAAGUACCAGAAUAACCAGAUGCUUAAGAAGAUCCAGAAGAAAUUGAAAACUCAACAGAAGAAGAGGAAAUUAAGAAAGAAUAAACUGAAUAAAUUGAUGAACCCAAAAAAGAGGAUCCUAAAGAAGAGCCUAAAGAAGAGCCUAAAGAGGAACCCAAAGAGGAACCCAAAGAAGAACCUAAAGAGGAACCCAAAGAAGAACCUAAAGAGGAGGCUCCUAAAAUUGAAUAAAAAUAAUCGAUUCCUGAUUUACCUCCUGAUGAUGAAGAGCCUGCUGUUGAAGGAGAAAUCGUAAAAACAGAAGGAGUCGGUUCAUCAGUAGAUGGUAGAGUGGGCUAAUAAGCAUAAAAUCCUUAAGAAUAAGAACAGGAAGAUUCGGAAGAAAUGGAUAUAGAAGUAGAUGAAGAAGUAGACGAUGGCAAAGGAGGUAAAAAAAUUGUUAAGAAAGUUAUUAAAAAGUCUCUUAGAAAAAGUAAAUAAAAAUAAGCUAAAUUAACAAAGAGUUAAAAAAAACCAUAAAAAAAGGUUACUUCAUAAACUAAAACUACUACAAAAUCAGGAGUGAAAUAAAAGACAUAAAAUAAAAAAUCAGGAGAAUCCAAAAAAAAAGUAAAAUCUAAAUCUGGAGGAGAUGGAGAUGGAGAAGAAUAUUGGGAAGAAACAGAGGAGACAUUUGAAAUUACUGAGGAUGGCAAGGAAACUUUAGUAUCAUCUACUACUAAAUCCUCUGCCCAAAAAAAAAUGCUUUUAAAUGCUAUUGGAGAUACUUCUAUAGAUUUAAAAAUUUUAGAUAUUGAUAACGAAAAUGAUGGAGUUAUGGAAGAUGAUAAAAUAGUUGAUGAUGUAAAUUUAAUGGAAGAUGAUAAUUUUAAUGAAGAUAAAUAUUAAUAAGAUAUCUUUUAUGAAGAAUUAGAAGAUAAAUUUAUUUAUUAUGAAUAUGAUCCUGUUGAUAAGGUUUUUAGAUAAUCAGCUAUAAUUUUAAAACCUUAAUAACAGAGGUCUCUGAUGAUAUCAAACUGGAACGAUCUUAUUGAUUACGUGACUGAUUUAGAAGAUGAGGAUUAAGACAUUAAAGAACCCAGUUAGAUUGAACAGAAAGAAGUUUCUGAAGAGAAAUAAAAAAGUGAUUUGAAUACUAAAAAUCAAUAAGAAAAUAAGGAUUAAUAAUAAUAGUAAUAAUUAUAAUAGUAGCAAUAAAAAUAAUAGGAUUCAUAAUAAGAAUAAUAACAAUAGUAAUAACAAUAGCAAUAAUAAUAACAAUAGCAGUAAUAAUAAUAAUAAUAAUAAUAAUAAUAACAAUAGCAGUAAUAAUAAUAAUAAUAAUAAUAACAAUAGCAAUAAUAAUAACAACAACAACAAUAAUAAUAACAAUAAAAGGAUUAAUCAUAAUAAUAAUAAGUAGAACAAGAUUAGAAGAAAUCCUAAACAGAAUAAUAAAAAGAAGAAUAAAUCAAAAAGGAUUAAUAAUCAUCCAAUGAUAUAAAAUAAGAAUAAGAAUAAUAAUAACAAUAACAAUAACAAAUUAAUUAAGAUAGUAAGUAAUCUUAAGAUAAAGUCAUUAAAAAAAGUUCUGUUGGUGAUGUUAUUUAAGAACUACUUAAGGAUGAAAAACAAGCUUUAGGGAUUGGGUAAAAUCAACAAACAAAAAAAGAUAAACAAGAGCAUGAUGUAGAAAAAUCAUUAAAAAUCAGUUCAAUAAAGGAAGAAUAUAACCCAAAUGAACCAACUUAAUACAUUCCUCCAAAACAUAAAAUUAAUACUCGUCCUGCUAAAGAAAAAGUUGUUGUACCUGUAUCAACUAAAUAUGUUUAAAGUUCUUUUGAUGGGGAACCAGCGGAACAAUAUGAAUUUGCAGAUAGAGAAAUGCUUCAAGACUCUGAUGAAUACGGAUAUGGAUUUUGGUUAAGAUACACAGAUAGCUCUCCAAAAGAACACUCACGAUAACCCUAAACUUAUCAUUUUAUAUCAAGAUUAACUUCAAAUAAAGAUUAUAAAGAUUAUACAUUUUAUGGAGAUAGAACUCUUUGCAUAUUUUUAUUAGAAAAUUCAUUUGUCUUUUCAACUUACGAUCAUGGAGAUAGAAAGAAAAUAAAAGAUUAAGUUAUAGCUUUGAAUGAAGAAUUAGAGAGUAUGUGGUAUUUUAUUACAUUCUCCUACAGUUUGGCAAAAAAGGCAGCUGUUGGUUAUGUAGUAGGAUAUGGUGAUAAUGGCAAGAUCUUAAAAACAGAGAUAAAUUGUUAACAUGUACCACCAACUUAUUUUAAAUUAAUAGUAGGAGGAAAGCAUCUUGAAUAUUAAGGAUUUAAUGGAUAAUUUGCAAAUGUUUUUUAUGAUAUUGAUGCUCCAGCUUUUAUUGACAAUGAAGAAAAAUUAAAUUAACUUAUAAAAACUGUAAGUAACACUCCUUAAGCGAUUAAUAGUUUAACUGAUUUGGAAAUCUUAACAACUCCAAAGUCAUUUAAUGCAAAUAACAAAGGAGAUGCUAUUGUGUAAGACCCUUAAGAAUCAACAUUAAUAAUAGAAGAGUAUAGUUUUUCAGGAUGGUUUAGAUGGAUAGAUGAUCUAAAAGUUGAUGAAUCAAAUACAUUCUAAUUAUUUAAUUUGAGAUCAACAAAUAAAAAGUAACCUAAUAAAGGAGUAUUAGGGGAUCGUGCAUUAGAAGUUCAUUAUACUUAUGGAGGAGGAGCUAAAAGCACAGUUUACUUUAAUACUUAUACAAUUUAAGGAAACAAAGCAAAAGGAACACCUUAUAUUUCAAAAAAUGUUGAAUCACCUAACUAUACUUGGACUUAUGUUUAUUUUGGAUAUGAUAAUGAUAAAAUGAAAGCUUAUGGAGCCUUGAUUAGACCAGGAAAAGCUGAUGAAGUAAUGUUUGAUCCAGUUCAACAUAAACUUGUAACUAAAUUACACUUUACUAUAGGAGGUGAUGAAUAGAUCUCAUCAUUUAAUGGUAAAAUAGGAUAUGUAGGUGUAUAUUUGGGACCUGGAGCAUUUAAGUCAAGUCUUGAUUUUGGUUAAUAAUUUUUCUAUGGAGAUGGUGCCAUUGGUGUUUAUCAAUUAGUCAAGCCAAUUUAGUUUUAAGAUGAUGCUUAAGAUCCUAAUGUAGUGAGAGAUGCUGAAUAUGAUUCUGAUAAACCUUUAGUAGAUAAGAUUUUAAUUCAUGAUGAUACUAAAUUAAGAUUUAAUGGAUAGAGUGAAUACUCAUUUGGUUUAUGGACGAGAUGGUUAUAGACAUUACCUAAGUUUUUAGUUUAAAGAGGUGCUGUUCAUAAUAUAGCAAGAUUUGGAACAGCACCAUAUUUAAUUGAAUAAGUUAAUGGAAAAUUGACAAGAGCUAAUAAAAGACCCUCUGAAGAUAAAGAUUAAACUUUAGCUGUUACCUUAAAUAAAGAAGCUUACGAAUUUUAUACAUAUAAAGCAAAAGAUGAAAUUAAAUUUGAUGAUAUAGAAGGUUCAUGGAAUUAUGUCUAUUUUGGUUAUAAACGAGUUGCAAAUAAAGGCAUAGCUAAAGGUUAUGUUUAGUUUGGAGUUGAGGGAGAAAUUAAGGAGGUUGUUUUUGAUAUUUUGCAUGAUUUCUUAUUAGAGUAUAUUGAAUUUGUAGUUGGAAAAAGUACAGCUCCUUUCUUUAAUGGUUAGAUGUGUAAAAUAUAAUGCUCUAUAGGACCAGGAUCUUUCUUUAGCUCAGUAGAAUAACUUAAAUUAUUUACAUAAAAUACACUCCCUGAUAAAGCUUAAAUACGUCCUAUAUCUAGAUAAACUUAAUAAUUAAUUGGACUGCCAGUAGAAUAACCCACACAAAAGUUCUAAUUUGAUAAGUUUUAAGGAAUUAAAGAAUAUAGUAUAUCAGGAUGGGUAAAAUGGAGUGGAAUGCAGAAGGUAGGGAAAGUUUAUCAUAUUGCUUCUUUUGUAUAAAAAAGACUUGCAGAUUUGAAUGGAAAAUUCGAAUAAACUCUUUAAAUAUUAAGAUCAGACUAGGCAUAUAAUUUUAAUACUUAUUCUUGUAAAGGAGAUGAUUGCUCUGGAGUUGUUACCUAAGAUUAAUCACUUGGUGAAUAUUGGGAUCAAUGGACAUAUAUUUACUAUGGUUAUUCAUAAUUAUUAAAGAAAACUUUUGGUUAUGUGAAAUUUACAUUUACUGAUACUAAAUUUAAUUAAGAUUAAAUUACUCACUUUUAUGUAGCAGUAUUUUCAGUAGUUAUUUCAUCAGAAGAGUAAAAGUUUAUAGGUUCAAUGAAAACAUGGGUUAUCAAUAUCGGAGAAGGAUCAUUCAGAGAAGGUAAUUUUGAAUCAGAUGAAAAUAUCAAAGUACAUUUUGGUUUCAUAAGUGGAACUGAUCAUGUUAAAUUAUAAUAGGCAGGAUAAGAAGCACAUCAUAUAGAGUAAGUUUUAGAAUGCGCAUCUAAUGAUAAGGAUGUUCCUUUACAUGUUUAAUUUGAGUAAAGUGAGAAAUUGCAUAUUCAUGGAGUAAGUGAGUAUGGUUAUGGAUUUUGGGCUAGAUACUAACAUUUUGCAUAAAAAGGUGUUUUAUAUCAAUAACCAUAAUGGAUGGGAUUAGCAAGGUUGACAACGUAAAAGGAUUAUAAAGAUUUUGAAUAACCUGGAGACAGAGUACUUUUGAUUUUACAAGGUAAAGGUGUACAUCAUUUUUCAACAUAUAAUGUACAACCACCUUCAAAUAAUGUGAAUGGAAAUAUUCCUUAUCUAUUAGAAUCUGAAAGUGAAUGGAUUUAUAUUUAUUUCAGUUAUAAGAGAAUUUCACAAACUCUGGGUCAUGCUGUUGCAUUCACUUCAUAUAAUGAUAUAACUGCAGGAAUUUAGAUGGAUGUAAUUCAUACAUUAUUGCAAAAUUAUUUACAAUUAACAAUUGGUCAUGCAGGAAAAUUCUAUCCAAAUUUCAAUGGAUAAAUAACAACUGUAAGAUUUAAUCUUGGUCCUGGAGCAUUUAUUGAAAAUAAAUAAGGCAUUUUGGCAAGAAUAAAAAAUAAAGAUACAAAACCAGAGAUUAAUAUUAUUACUAAAUAAUUCGAAGUAAUCGCUGGUAAAUAAGAUGCUUAAAAUUUGAAAAUCGUAAACCCAUUAAUAAUUGAAUAAGAAUCAAGAGAAUAUUCAGUAUCUUUAUGGUUUAGAUGGUUUAAAACUAAAGUUCAACCUAAUUAAGUAAUUUAUAGAUUGACAUCAAAUAAAGGAGAUGAAGAUGCAAAAAAUAUUGGUGAUAAGGUUUUAAUGUUAGCACAUAUUGGAACUGCUUUAUUUAGUACCUACUCUUUAUAAGAUUCUACUUUGAAUGUACCAUAUGAAUGUAAUAUUCCAAAAUAAUAACUUGAAAUAUGGACAUUUGCAUACUUUGGUUAUUCUAAGAAGGAGAGAAAGGUUUAAUAUUUCUUAAGAGCAGAUUCUCAUGAAAAUAAAGGAUUAGAACCUAUUUUACAUGCAGUGGCAUCUAAAUAUCUUCUUUUUGUUGGUAAAGAUGGUCAUUUAGAGAAUUAUAAUAGUAGAUUAGCUUAACUUACUCUGAAUUUUGGAGAUGGAGCAUUUAGAAAUGAUAAUUUCUUAUAAUUGCCAGUAUAUAUUUUAGGUCCUAAAUUGUUUUCUUAAGAGAAAAUACAUAAAUGGGAAAAAAGUGAAAAAUUGAUAUUAGGUUAAUCAUAAACUAUUAGAUUAAAUGAUGAACCAGAUAGACCAAUAGAAUCUAUGUAAGAAUACAGUAUUGGACUUUGGUGUAGAUUCUUGCAAGCUUGGCCUGAAAGAUAAUAUAGAUUGCCUUUAGAAAUGUAAAUAAUAAGGUUGACUAAUAAUGAAAAGAAUGAAGUAGGAAAAGUUGCUUUAGGUGAUAGAAUUUUGGCAUCUUAUUUAAUUUAAAAUGGAUUCUAAUUUGCAACAUACGAUUUGAAUGAUGAUGCUCCAAAUGAAUUACAUACUAUUCCAAAUUAAAAAUUGGAAGGAUAAUGGCAUUAUGUUUAUAUGGGCUAUAUGAGAUAGAAAUAGAUCGCUUCGUUUUUUGUAUUUGAUGGAACUGAAAUGCUAUCUGCAAAAAAUACUGACUUAUUACAUAAACCUUUAGGAGAUUUUGUAAUCUUACAUAUUGGAGGUGAACCUGAUGUACCUUCAUUCUAAGGAAUUAUAAGUAAAUUAGCACUCAGUUUUGGCCCUGGAUCUUUCUUUAGUUUAUCAUAAGAAGUUAUGAAAGCUCUGGAUAAUUCUUAUGCAUUAGAAUAAUCUUUAACAGUUGAAUAUAUUCAUAAAUAGAAACAUGGAUAAUAAGAAUUAAUUGGUAAAUUAGAAACUGUUACAGAUGAAAUAGGUGGUACUGAAUUAAGAGGAGAAACUUGGUCAAGUGUUGGAGAAUAUUCAAUAAGUGGAUGGUUCAAAGCUGCUAAUGUUAAUGGAAUGAGUGCCAAUGAUUGCUAAGUCUUGUUUAGAGUCACAAAUAAUGAUAAAGAACAUUUAAAUGAUAAAAGAUCUUAAGGUGAUAGAACAUUGUUUGCAUCUAUUUGUGUUGAUUCAAUUAAAUUAUCUACAUAUACACUUGCUGGAUUGAAGGAUUGGAAUGAAGCUAAAUUUUUAGAAGAAAAUGUACCAUUAGGUCAUAAUAAAAGAGCUUGGAUAUACAUUUAUAUGGGAUAUAAAGAAGAUUUAUAAGAACUUCAUGCUUUAUUACAUUUAUUUGAAGAAGAUAAACCAUUAAUUUUUAAAGGAGUAUAACAUUUUGUUCCUCAUUAUGCUGGUAUUUAUGUAGCGAAAGAUCCAUUUACAAAGAGAUUUUAAGGAGAAAUAUAAAAAUGGGUGGCUUGUUAUGGUUUUGGAGCAUUUGUAAGUGUCCAGAAAAGAGGAUACGAAGAUUUAUUACCAAAUUAUAAUGCAAUAGCUAUAAAUCAGAAAUUCAUGUGGUUUAGAAAAGAAGAUACAGUAGUGGAAACAGAAUAAGGAAUUACUCAAGAAUUUAUUUAAGAAGUAGAAUCUGUUGAUGAAUAUUCAAUAGGAGUAUGGACUAGAUGGCUUAUUUCAUUCCCAACAACUUUGACAGAAAGAUAGGCAUAACAUAACAUUUUUAGAUUAUCAGCAAAUAAGUUAGAUUAGGAUAAGAGUGAAUUAGGAGAUAGAGUAUUAUCAGCAUUCUUAAUUUUGGGUAAUUAUGAGUUUAGUACUUAUGAUGUAAGUAAGCCAUCAAAUGCUGUGGAUGCAAAAUUGCCAUAUGGAGAAUUAGAAGGGGCUUGGACAUACAUUUAUACAGCAUAUAAAGGUGGAUAAUUCUAUGGUAUGGUGUUGUUUAGAGAUUAAUAGAAAGCAUAACAUGUUGAAUUAUAAGUAUAACAUAGAGCAUUGACUGGUUAUGCUAAAUUUGUAUUAGGAGCUAAAGAAUUUGGUAGAAAAGGAUUCCAUGGAUGGUUAUUUGAUCCUAGAAUCUUUUUAGGAUCUGGAGCAUUUAUUAAUGAAGGAUAGAAAGUAGUAGAUAUGGUUUUAAAGUUACAUCGUAAAUUACCAGUACCUGCUCUUGAUGCAGAAGAUUUUAAAUGGCCAGUUACUAUAAUUGAUACAACUUUACCUGAUGAUAUUAAUGAUAAGAAAGAUAAUUUUAAAUUCUCUUUCACAGAUAAAGUAGGUUUAGUAGAAUAUUCAUUUGGAUUUUGGAUGCAAAAUGCAGUAUUAUAACCAGAAAUGGCUGAUGAUCUUAGAGGAUUAGUUAGAUUAACAACUAAUAAUGAAGGAUCUGAUGAAAGAUUAAUAGGAGAUAGAACUUUAGCUGUUUUCACUAAAGUUUAAAAAUUAGUUGCUUACACUUACACCCUUAAAGAUCCCACUUUUGAACCUGUCUCACAUGAAUUUGAUUUGUUACCAUAUCAAUGGACAUUUGUUUACUUUGGUUAUACAUAAGGAAAGGCUAGAGCUUAUAUCUUAAGUACAAAAGGUCCUACUGAAUAAGUAUUUGCUGUUAAACAUGCUAUUCCUAAUGCUUUUUACUUAAAUGUAAUCAAAGAUCUAUCUCAUCCAUUGUUUUAUGUAUAUUUAUUUAUUAUAUUAUUAGGGUAAAUUCUAUGGAUUAAAAGUUAAUUUUGGAUAAGGCAGUUACUUAGAAAAUCCAUAAGAACUUAUAGAGAAAUGGCCUUAUGAUCCAAAGGUUCUUCCAGUACCUUAACCUAAAGAAGAGAAAGUGUUGGCUCUCAAUUCUGCUAAAGUUGAUAGAGCCCCUAAUACUUAACAUGAAUAAUUCAGAGAAUGAAAAAUAAUAAC